CUUUUUCAGCUUAGUAAUAUCACCCAGGCACAGGUCAAUCUGACAAACUCCAUUUUGAGUUAAAACUUUAAUGGAGUUCUCCACAAUCAGUCCAUCUCCAGCAGCGGCAGCCAUUUUUCAAAGUCAAGUCUACACCAAACCGCAGGUGGUUUCCGAAAUCCGGAUUGCAACAGUGUCGUCGAUGUCCAAACUCCAAUUCCAAAGCAGCUAGCGUGUCUACCCGGAAGCUAGCUCGCUGGGCCUGCCAUGCCGAGUCGGGGGAGCGCGCGCCGGGCCCGGCGCCGGGCCGUCGAACUUCAGUUCGACGGUGUCUGUGCGAAGUACAGUGUAUCGGCUUUGACAUCGAUUACGCAAUAGCUUCCAACGUGUAAUUGUUUACAACGAGCGAGCAAGUGACGAAUCAAUGUCAACACGACAUACAACAGGCAGGAAAAAUAUCAACCAGUCGACAUCUCGACGUGCAAGUCCUUCUUCACCAUGGAGCCAUCAAGUCCAGGAGCAGAAUUAGGUGAUGGUGGAAUGAGCACGAUGGAGAUGAAGGAUUCUGGUGGUGCUCGCUCCCAAGAAGGAGGCUGUUGCUAUGGUGAUGAUGAUGAAGUUGGUCUUCUGAACAUUCCUGUCCAAGCAUUUCUUCACAUUCUCCAAUACCUUGAUGCCAAAGACAUCUGCAGUCUCAGUUCUACCUGUAGACAGUGCAAUAGCUUCUGCAGUGAUCAACAUCUCUGGAAGUCCGUUCUCAACAAGGACAUGGUCAAGUGGUCAGAGGUCAGCCAUGGAACCUAUCCCACAAACCUCACUGCUUCACAGGAUGUGGAUUAUAAAGAUGUCUACAUGAGAUGUCAUCCAGAAUUGCAGCAAGAUCCAGCCUUCAACCUUGCAUCCAUUCCGCGACUUCUUUGGUCUUUCCUUCCGCAUCGCACCCCCAUCAUCGUCAUGUUCGGCCCCGGCCUAGAGACCGACACCUCUACCAUCGUCCGAAAGUUCAUCACCGGUCAUGGCUCCAACAUCAUCAAAGUGAACGGUGUCUUUCCGGCAAUGUAUCCAGGUGUUGGUACCGGUUUUGAAGUGACGGUGAAUGACAAGAACAGAAUGAGACUGGUAGUCCUGUACUCGGCUACUAGGAAGGAACGUGAAGCACGGGACUCCAAUCAGCCCAGAAUGAGCAAACUCAUCAAACGAACUUCACCUCCCAACCAAGGCGCUGAAGAGGGUGCUAGUCCUAACGAUGGAGAGGAUCAUGGGAAUGAUGCUCCAGCCAGUCGUUUGACGGUGGAUGAAGAUUAUUUGAACUUUGAACCCAAUGAUCAUGUUAAGUCUAUGUGUCGUGUGGUUGGAGGAUUUAUAUUUGUGGUUGAUGCAGCACAGCAAUUAAACCAAGGUUCUUGUAGCUCAGGGAGACCGGAACUAUUUGCCUUUAUGGAUUCAAGAUGGACGCCUGAACGGAAGCCCCUCCUUGUUCUUUCCAGCAUAGCCAACCCAGAUGUACCCAGAAUACCUUGCGUGAGAGUAGCGGAUCAACUUUCUCUGGACAAGCUACAACGACCUUGGAAGGUUGUUGACUGUGACAUAUCUACUCUGAGUGGCCUUUCAGAGGGGGUUGAUUGGCUCGUUGGAUCAGCGCCGAAAAUGUAAGGAACCCUAGAACCCCUUCUAGAUCAUCUUGAUGUUGAUUGGUUACUCGGCAACAGCAGGGAGGAAUCUCUUUGACCUUUCAGUUAGGAGGGAGUUCAACUACAAACUCAUUUAAAACCAAUCUGAGGAAACAUUGGUCAAGUAAGAAAAGUAAACUUGACCCAGAAGAAGUUGUCAACUGCCUAUGUUCUUUAGCGGCACAGAGCAUUUGAUGAUAUAGAACUUCAUCAUCUUGAUGGUUGCAAAGGGGCAAAUAUUUCUUUAUAACUUUAAGGCUACUUUAAAGGUGGACUAUUUGACCAUGCCUUACAUUGAAGGAGGGAAAACUUGAUGUUUCUAUUUUCAUGUAAUGGAAUACAAAAGAAAUAGUGUGUUUGUGUGUGAUGUCAUCUCUCAUUUGCAUAAUCCUGCAUUUCUGCAUUAAUGUAAAGAUAAGUGAAAAUUUUAAAUGCUAUAAAGAUGUAUUGUGCAUAAAACGAUGAUAGUAAGUGAAAGUUUCAAAAUGCUAUUUUGUUUAUAUGUUACAAAUUAUGUAUAAAUGAUUAGAAAUUUGAUUGGAAUCAUGUAGAAUUUCAAAUUUUCAGCCGUUUCCUUGGCUCAUUGAGACAUCUUUGAUGUACGUUCCUCCAUGUUAUCUGUGUGAAUCAAUGAAUUGAUAAAAACUACCCAUCUUUAAAUUUGCCCCUAAUACAAAUGGUCCACAUUCCAACAGAAUUGAGUGGUCAUGUGCAAUAUUAAGUUAUAUAUGAAGAGAUCUCAGCAGAAAUUUGAUUAUUAAGCAACUCUGUGAAGGUAAAAGUUGUGUCUCUCUUGCUCUCAGGGAACCCAUAAUCUGCCCACAUUUCAUCAUAGGAAAAACAUUGGGUGAUGUGAGGUGCCAUAAAAAGUCUGAAGUCUGGUUUAACCUAGGCCAUGGUCUAACUCUGUGUUGAAAUUAUGGAAAGCCAAAAAUGUCAAAAUCUUGUGAGCAUUGUAUGUUUCUUGUGUCCUCAAUACUCUUUCAUCAUGAUACAAUGGCAAAUAAAUCUGGUUCAGUUAAAGUACUAAUCCCAGACUGUUAUGAAUCACCUGUGUAAGAGAUGAGCUUGUAAACCGAACCUGUAAUGUUAAAAGAUUUAUGUCCCCAUUAUCUAUACAUAGUUAAAACCAACUUUAGACCAGGAGGUUUAAAUUAAACCAGAGUUACGAAUACAAGCCAUAGUGCCAGUACAGUGGGAUCCCUGAUAAAAGUGUGGCACAGAAUUUGGACAAGGUGCCAUAUAGUACAGGUUUGCCCAUUUGCAGGUUGACAAGUCGUAUAAUUUUCUUGUAAUUGUUAUGAUAGUCAUUGUGUAAUAGGUUGUUCGUUUUAGGCAGCUGGGGGUUUCAUAGCAAAUCUUGAAACCCUUUAUCACAUUUUUCAUCAUGUGUUUGGUUUAUGUAUUCCGGUCAAAUACAUUUUCAUUAUUAAUAUUAUAAUGAGGGAAAUGAAGAUAAAGAAAAUAGUGAUAAUGAUAGUAAUGGUAAUGAUGAUGAUGAUAACGACGAUGAUGAUGAAUAAAGCGAUAAUGAUAAUAGUAAUAAUAAUAAUGAUAAUGAUGGUAACGAUGAUGAUAAUGAUAAAAACUGAUAAUUAUAAUAAUAGUAACAAGAUUGACUCAUGAACCACGAGUCUCGCCUUAUUUUGCGAUCAAUAAAGAUGCAAUAAGAUCUUUUGACCCCUAGAUGACCUUUUACCUUAAGAUCCUCAAGAAAAUAAUAUAAAAUUGAUUGUUUUCAUCAGCGUUCUUCAAAAAAAAAAAUUUUUUGAUAGGUCUUAAGCUAUGAAGAAUCAUGGUGAUAGAUUUGUUAUUUUAAAGUUAUUAAUAUAAUAUAAUCUAUAUUUUUCUAGAAUGUCAUACUUGCUGCCUGUUUUCUGUGCAGUGCCUAUCUGUGUUUUCUUAUGACUCUUAUAUUUUGAACACAGUGUACUUAAAUUUAUUAUGAAAAGUUGUAUGGUGCAUAUCUUUUAUUUCUAAGUCUGCAAAACAUGCAAUUUGGCAUAGAGUUUUAGUCUGAAUAUAUUCAUAGUUUAUAAUAUUUAAUAUGUCACACUGAUGGAUCCAUAUUUAUAAAAGUUUGAGGAUGUUGUGUGGGAAGGGGGGAUAUGACUAAUAGGAGCAAAAGGGGAAAAAUAUGCCGAACUAGAAGUCUAGAUGCAAAGUCUCUGCCAAUCCUCAUACAUUUAUGUAUUUGUCUGUUUGUUGAAUAAUAAUAUCGAUAUUGGUCUUGGACACCAAUUUCUGUAAUAAACCUUGGCUUUCUGUAUAAAGAUAGUCAUUUGUAAAUAUAGAUAUUAUAUAUUUUACAUGCAAAUUUAUGUAAAUUAAAAAUGGCUGAAAAGAAAAAUCAUUGUAUGCUAGUCUG